AUGGCGACUUCACAACGUGCCUCUCGGUCAUUAUGUGACACUUUCUCAAGAGCUGUUGCGCCGCGAUACGUUUGCCGGACCUGCAGAAGUCACAUUGUCCAACCCAACGUAAAACAAAUCCGUCAAGCCACCUACAGCACCGGAGCCAGAGAGAAUAGAACUUCUCUGCGACCUAAGGCAUGGAUCCAGAGGGGUGGUCAGCCUGGUACAGCCGCAACCUACGCGACGACAGCGUCUCGAUCGCAGAAAUCGUUGGCCGAGUCGGAACCCUCAGCAGCCACGGACGGGUAUGAAGAAGCACAUACAUGGGACGGGUAUGAAGAAGCACAUACAUGGGACGGGCUGGAACACGUUGGACACCAAGGACAUUGGAGGGAUCUUCCUCCAAGGCCGCAAGAUGACUACGAGCCUUGGCUUGUUGCACCCGCGGCUCCUGUUGUCGACCGCAAUGAAUUUCUAGGGUAUCUCUAUGUCGCAUUGGUCGAGAAACUUCCAUACAAGGGACAGAACCCGGCACUACAGCAAACGACAACCGACCGAACGCUCGACGAAAGCCUGCCCAUCGAUGUGUCUUCGUUGCAAAUCAAGCUUUCAGACUCGGGGACGUUCUCGCACCUGGAGGACAAGACUGGCGCAGGACAGGGCAAAUCGGACACUACCGCGGCGGAGGCAAGCACGUCGAGCGAAGGAUCAAGCCGGCCGUUCGAAAUCUCGGUGGCGGCAAUGGAGGAGCAGCUGUCUGGUGCGAGAUUCGACUUCUCAAGCCCUCUAAGUUUCCAGAUCCUCAAACGCUUUUCCCAGCUCUCGGGCUUCCGGGUCCCCGAUCCGGUCCUCAACGCCGUUCUGCGCGGCAACAAGACGGCCCUCGAAUUCGUCGAGCUCCUGACCCAGUCGUCCAAACCGAAACCAAAGUCCGUGGCGGAAGCCCUGAUCAUGAAGCAAAAGCAAGCCUUCGGUGUUGACGCGCAGCCAUCCUCGACUUCUGCGGCGGUUGAAGCCCCGAACAAGAAGAAUACUCCACCUAAGCCGCUCGGGCCGAACGUCAUGGUCCUCUCGCGGCGCGAGACGCCCGUGGACAAGGAGAAGGAAGUCGGUCGGUGGAAGGUGAUCGAGCGCGAACUCAAGGCUCGCGGGCUGCCGGUGCUGGGACACAAGGUGCUAGCACCGCAGGGGGAAGCGUGGAAUGAGACGCUGAAAGAGAGGAGAUUAUAA